AUGUAUUGGAUUUCUAUUUUAUUUUUGUCAAUUUAUUCCGUUUCCACUGAAAACAUCGAUGAUGUCCGAGAUCUUCAAUCAGCAAUUGAUGAAACCUUGAACAUCACGGAAAUCAUUAGAAUAUUAUGUGAACGAAAUAAUUCGCAAGUUGAAAAAAUCGUUGAUUUAUAUCAAGAAAUUGUUGGACAAAAUUUGAGAGAUGUUUUGAACGAUAAACUGAGCAAUGAGGAUGAUGAUUUCAAAUAUUUCAUAUUGGCAUUACUCGAUACAAAACCAUAUUUUGAAGCAAAAUUAUUAUAUAAAGCGAUGAAAGGAUUGGGAACUGAUGAAGAUGUUAUUAUUGAAAUAUUGGUAUCAAGAACAAAUGAAGAAAUAUAUGCUAUAAGGGGGGCUUAUAAUAAUUUGUAUGAUCAAGAUUUGAUAGCUGAUUUGAAAGAUGAUACAAGUGGAGAUUUGAGAGAUUUUCUAGUUUUAGUUGCUGAAGCAAAACGGGAUCAAUCGAAUAAUAUUGAUAUUGAAAAAGCGAAAAAAGAUGCAGUGAAAUUGCAUUUGGCUGGAAUUGCAUACUUGUUUAAUACAGAUGAAGAAGUUAUUAACGAAAUAUUGGUUAAACAGAACUUUGAUCAACUUCGAUUGGUUUUUAAAGAAUAUCUUGCACAUAAAACAUUUGGUCAACCUUAUCAUGAGAUUGAAACAGGAAUUUGGGAUGAAACAAGUGGAUAUAUUCAACAGGCUCUUUAUGAUCUUAUUCAUGUUAUUCGAAAUAAAUCACAUUAUUUUGCGAGUCUUAUUAAAAGUGGGGAUAUAAAACGAAUUAUUCGAACAAUUGUGAGUAGAAGUGAAAUUGAUUUGAAGGAAAUUGUGGAGGUUUUUGGAGGAGGAAAAAUUGAAUUCAAAGAUUUUAUUGAGAAAACUACGAAGGGGAAUUUGAAAUAUGCAUUGAUCACUUUUCUUGAAAAUCAAAACCUGUGAUGAUCAAUAAAUUUUUGAAGUUUCUUCGUUGAAAUUUGAAGUGAAGCUGCUUUUCAAGACCUUCGAUUUUCUGUGAUCUUAAAUUUGGCUGAAAAUCUCCUAUUUUCUGUCCCCGAAAAAAUAGGUUUCAAAAUUUUUUGAUAUUUUUGGGACUAAUUUUUUUAACUGAUGAAUUUUAGAUCGAAAAACUGGAUUCUAGGCCAUUCGUGAAGGCCCGGCCCAUUUUAAGCCCCAAAAGGGUGCAGGGCGUGCUUCGCAAGCCCUGCUAGCAUAGUUUGGCUGAAAAUUUAGGAUUUUCAGCUAUAAAAUGAGCCCUAGGCCUAAAAAUUGCAUUUUAGGCCAUUUUUAAUAUCAAAAUUUUUAAAUUUUCAGCCAAAAAAUCUGAAAUUAUCUAUUUCCAGCUCCACUGAACAAUUGGAAAAACGUGGCAAAGAAUUCGAGCGGCUCAAAGAGCAUCUGAUGAUUGUUGAAGAGAAUUCGACAAGAGAAGCGGUGGAAAGUGAACAGAGAGAAACUGAAUUGAGACAGAGGGUUCGAGGUUGGAUUUUUGGGAUGGAAAUCUGAAAAUGAGCAUUUUUGAGCCAAAAAUGGUGAAAAUUGAUGAAUUUUGACCCAGAAAACCCUGAUUUUCAGUCAUUUUCAGCCAAAAAAAACCCAAAUUUUACAGAGCUCGAAGCUAGUGGAAAUGCUCAAAAAAUGGGAGCAUCUGAAACCACUCAACAACUUCAAAUCAAUAUCGAAGAAUUGAUGAAAAAACUGGAAAAUGUCGAAAAAUCGAGAGAAGAAUGGAAGGAAAAAUAUGAAAAUGUGGAAAAACAGAGACAAUUGACAGCUGAACAAUUGACUAGUUUACAGGUGGGUUUUGAGGCUGGAAUUCGAGAAAAUCUGAAAAUUUUGAUACUUGGGCUCAAUUUUGACCUGAAAAUCAAGAAAAUCUGAAAAUUUUGACCCCUGGACGAUUUUUUCAGGCAGAAAUUUGGAUUUUUCACGGAAUUUCAGCCUGGGAGCUGAUUUUUGACCUGAAAUUCAAGAAAAUCUGAAAAUUUUGAUCCUUGGGCUUAAUUUUGACGUGAAAUUUCGAUUUUUCAAUGGAAAAUCUGAAAUUUCACUCAUUGUUGAUCAAAAAAUCGGAUUUUUCCCAAUUUUCCAAAUUUUGAAAACAUUUUCUUUUCCAAUUUUGAAGCUCUUAAUAUGAGCAAUGCAUUUUUUCUUAAAGACCGGUGGGUACUGUAUGUUCCUUUAUGGAAAAUCGUGUUUUAAAGACACAAAGCUACAGUACCCUUUAAUAUUUUCCUGGGUUACUGUAGACUGUUUCAAAGGAACAUGGGAAUUUGAAGUAGGUAAAUUACAGUAACCCAGAUUUAUUGGCGGAAAAAUGUUCCUUAAGAUUUUCAAUUUAAGCCAAAUUGCAUUGCUCAUGUUAAGAGCAAAAAUUUUUUUCCAAAAAUUUUGAAUUCUUGAUGAAAAUCAUGUUUUUUAUCAUUUUUUCUCAAAUUUUCAUCAAAAAAUCAGAAAAUUUCCGAACUUAGCCUAAAUUCCCUCUCAUUUUUCAGAACGUCGUGCACGAAUUAUCGAUCGAUCACGAAACCGACAAAUCCCAGUCUUCUCAUCGAAAUCUCGAACUCCAGACUGAAAUUCGCAAUCUGAAAGAGGAAAUUGAGGAGAUUCGAGAGAAUUUGGAACGAAAAACUGUGGAAAAACAGGCGGCUGAAGAGGAAAAUGAGAGGAAAUUGAUGGAAUGCGAACAGAAACAGAAAAUUAUUGGUGAGAGCAGCAUUUUUGAACCAAAAUUUGGGAUUUUUGAGCAAAAAUGAGCCAAGAUUCGAGGAAAAUGAUAAAUUUUGAGCCUAGAUUCAUGAAAAAUGGCCUAGAAAACCAAAUAUGGAUUCCUAGGCCAUUUUGAACGUGUUAACAUGAGCAAUACCUUAUUUAGGUUCAAAAUUAUCCCCUUAACCUGAGCAAUACCUCAAAUUAAUGAUCUUAACAUGAGCAAUGCCUUAAUUUGGCUUAAAUUGAAGAUCUUAACAUGAGCAAUGCAUUUUUAGGCAGGUGGGUACUGUAUGUGCCUUUAAGGAACAUUUUUCCGCCAAUAAAUCUGGGUUACUGUAAUUUACCUACUUCAAAUUCCCAUGUUCCUUUAAAACAGUCUACAGUAACCCAGGAAAAUAUUAAGGGGUACUGUAGCUUUGUGCCUCUAAAACAAGAUUUUCCAUAAAGGAACAUACAGUACCAACUGGCCUUGAGAAAAAAUGCAUUGCUCAUAUUCUUCAAUUCAAUUCAAGCCAAAUUAGGCAUUGCUCAUGUUAAGAGCAUUAAUUCAAGGCAUUGCUCAGGUUAAGGGGAUCAUUUUAAACCUAAAUAAGGUAUUGCUCAUGUUAACACGUUCAAAAUGGCCUGGGAAUCCAUAUUUGAUUUUCUAGGUCAUUUCGGACCGUUUUUCAUGAAUCUUGGCUCAAAAAUACAUUUUCCAACAAUGUUCCUUUAAAAAACCCCCAAAUUUUGGCCCAUUUUCAUAUUUUUUUUUAUUUAUUUCCAUUGUUCACAAAAAAUGCCCUUUUUCACACACAAAAAUGUCUAGACUCUCUCAUUUUUUCACACUCUCUCAUCUCUUUUUUUGUUAUUUGGGUGGUCUUUUUUGUUGUGUUGUGUUGAUUCAUUCACAAACACACACACAAAAAACGGGCACUACAGUAACCCUGGGAACCUUUUUGAAUUUGGUGAUCUACCUAGGGUACUGUAGCUUUUUGGUGGGAGAAACUACAGCAAUCUUUAGAAUUUUGAGAUCAAAAUACAAGAAUGUAGGUUUUAAUUACAGUAACCAUGACUUACAAUUGUUACAGUACCCCUAGAAAUUUUCCGAUCUGAGUUUUCCAGGGUACUGUAGUUUUCUAUUAGUCCUCUACAGUAAUCUUGGGCAUUUUUUUGAAAAUUUUUUAGAUGAAUUUGAAGAGUAUUGUAGUUUUAUCCGGUUCUAACGUAAGCUACAGUAUCCUUGACCUACAGUACUCUUAGAAAUUUUCGUUUCAAAAGUACAAUAGUGUAGGAUGUUUUCUCGAAAAAUAUUUAUGAUUACUGUAGAUUUUCAAUAUUUUUUUUACAAUUUAAAUUUCAAAAAUUUCAAGUUUUGAAAAUUAAACUAUAAACAUCACUACAGUAACCCUGACCUACAGUACUCCCCUGUGAGAAAUUAUCGAUUUUUUUAUUGCAGAACAACUCGAAAAUCAAAUAGAAGAACUUCGAGCUCCGAGUUCGUCUAACUUGAAAAAAAUCGGAAGAUUCCUACCGUAUCGAUGA